UUCUUAUAAGUUACCUGCGACACUCUUUUGCGGUCGUACCAGAAAUAAUCCAGUCUUCUACCUCACUCGUCAUACUUGGCGAGCGGAUGUGUGACAGUUAACUUGGAAAGUAUUUAAACACUUUAUACGUUACUUCAUCUGCAGAAUGAUUGGUAAGUAAUAAGACAAUCAAGUAUAUAGAAUAUUCAUUUGCAUCGCAAAAUGAAGAAAAAAUAAUGAUAACGGAACCUACAUAUCAUCAUCUCAGCAUUUGCAAGUUAGUGGGAUGACAUUUCCUUUUUAUGCUCUUAAUAAUAAAUAUCUUUACAUAUAUAUGUAUAUUUAUAAUAUUUAUAUAGUUAUUUAACUGCAUGAACUAUUACAGAUAUGCUAAAACGGUAAACGUUACCUUCAGUCCAACACUCUUUAUUCAGUUUUUUGUUAGUAUGUUAUCAUUGUCAGUUAUAUGUAAAGAUGAAAUGAAAUAGAAGUAACCUGAUAAUAUGAAAUAUAAAUUUUCUAUAAUUGAACGCGUAUAUUUUGGUAUGAUAGUUGAGUAGGUUUUUGUAAAUUAAUAACACUAAAUCUUAAAAUUUCUGUAUUUUUCUUGAAAAUUCUAUAUUUUGCGUAUUUAUUUCAACCUUACUCUUUAUUUUAAUUUUAAGGAUAUUAACGUGCUAACAUAAACAUUGCACAUUUUGAUUUGACGUACAAGCAACACUAAUUUCGGCUUUAGCGUUAAAGUCAGAAAAGAAUAAUUUCUCAGGCUUUGCUACAUGUGAUAUACUGAUAUGAGUAUAGAAUUAAUACAUGGUAGUUCCCCUGUACACUCGUCAUUCCUCGCAGAUAUACAAGCAACUUGAGAAAUAUGCUCUGACACUGAGUAUAUUAUGCAUCACGUUCUUAUUGCUGCACUCGUCUUGUAUUUUUAAUGUAAUAAAACGGGAAACUGUAUACGGAAGGUACGAUAUUCUUCGUAGUUCCGAUAGACAGGAGACAUACAAAUAUUUUAUUCAACGGAAAUAUGACAACGUGCGUGAAAGGAAAACAUCCCUCGAUAAUUGCAAGUAGGAAAACUUUUAUAAUUGUAGUAUUCGCAAGAACGGAAAAGAACGUGCACUCCAUAAUAAAUGAUGAAAUGACUUAAUGUCGAUUUUUUAAUGGCCGUAAUUGUAGUAGUGUUGACAAGAUGUUGAAGAGGGUAAAACUAUACAUAGUCUGUCGUAAGACGUGCUCGGUUACUUAAGUGAAAUUUAUUGAUCAUUACGAUAAUAAAAUAACAUGUUGUAUCAGUGUACUUGUUUUAUAAUUCUGUUGCAUUAUUAGCCAAUUCUGAGCAGCUGAUAUUCCAAAAUAAGAUACUUUACAUGUGAAGGAAAAGAUUCAAAUAUGCAAAUACUUUCUUUAAAUUUUUUAAUAUAUACCAUUGGUGGUAUAUGGCGACCCGUUGAAUGGUCAUCAAAUGGUGCUAAGCUGCUGUAUAGUAUAUUUACCUGCGGUGUAAUAUUUUCGGAAUACUUUUUGAUGUUAACGCAAUUUUUGGAUAUAUUACUUGUUGUCGACAAUAUCGAUGAUUUUACCGCUAAUGCUCUAAUGUUCUUGGCUAUUGUUACCGAUUGUUGUAAAGCGACGGUCGUUGUGAUACGUCGGAAUUCGAUCAUCAACAUAGUGCAAUCAUUGUUGAAAGCACCACAUAAACCUCGCAACGAGGAUGAAGUAGCUAUCCAAACGAAAUUUGAUAAGUUUAUCAGAACGUUCUCGAUAAGAUACUCUUUUAUGGCGAUUAUCGCCGUUGCAGGCACUACAAUAGGAUCAGUAUUAAAUGUUAUGCAAGUAAUAGGUACCGGCACGGAUGCUCUAAUCCUCGGAUUGUCUUUGCAAACGUGCGCCCAACUUGAAAUUUUCGAAAGUCGUCUUCACAAAUUUAUAAUUAAUAAAACAGUUAGAGAUCUGGGACAUACACUUUCAACGUCGAAUAAGAACGAAGUGGGGAUAUCGGAAUGCGUAGAUUAUCAUCUCAGCAUUUACAA